GAAAAUAUUGUUUGGUGUGAACUGUGAGGUUUGGCGUGUGUAAAAAUAAAAUUACUUCGUUGAGUUGAUUCUAAUACGAAUUACAGCUAGAUUUCCGAGUUAUUAGUAUUUAAGUGGUUUAGAAAUAUUACCAUCAUGCUGUUUUGUGACGGUUUAUAUGUGAUUGUUCUGCAUUGACGAUCGAAAAGUAGUUUCAAACAUCGCCACGCCUAACCCCUGCGAUGCACCCCCAAUUUCGUAAUUAUCUGCAAAUAUACAGAUACAUGUGCACUGUAGUACUUUACAUAUAGCUAGGAUAGCUACACUGACGAUGUGCUGAUCCGGAGUUUAUAUUCGUGUUCUUUUCUUUGUUUUAAAAAUGAAACUUAUUCUAAUUUUAUCCUUCUUUUCGCUGGCCUCUGCCUAUGAUAAAGCCUCAUUUUAUGGCGCCAGCUAUAUUUCUUAUCCACUGCAAGAGGCCAAAGGAGUUACCGAUAUCAGUUUCCGAUUCCGGACUCAUUUGUCUGAUGCUUUGCUGUUGCUGGCUGCGGGCAAAACUGACUACUGCAUGAUCCGCUUAGAAGGAGGUAGAUUAAAACUCCACAUCAACCUUGGCGCUGGCGAGAGUGAGUUGUCGUCACCUAAAGGAUUGCACCUGAACGACACUCAAUGGCAUCAUGUCAGCAUUGUUCGGAGAGAGGCCAACCUCACUAUGAAGGUGGACGAUACUGCUGUAAAAAAGAAACUACCCGGAAGAUUCUUCGAGCUCAACAUUCAUUUCGGAGUGUUCCUCGGUGGCCAAGGGGACUUCUCGGAGCUGUUUCUAGGCCACAUGGAGAACUUCAGGGGAUGCAUGGAGGAUGUAUUUUACAACGGCGUGAAGAUAAUAGAGAAGGCGCGAAGUCGCAGUGGCUCAGUGCACGUGGAGGGCGUCACAUGGAACUGCGCUCCGGAGUUCGAUGCCGACAUCAAUUCUGACAUCAGCUUCGUCGACGAAGGCGCCUAUCUUAUACUGCCGAAGAUCAACUCCAGAGCUGGUGGAAGAUGGAACAUAGAAUUCAAGACGAUAACCCAGAACGCCAUAAUCCUAUACAACGCUGGCGGUGGCCGCGGUUCAGAUUUCCUAGCAGUCGAGAUCCUAGAUGGCGUUGUGCGAGUCAAGAUGGCGCGAGGCCAGAUUGUCCACACGUUGAGGGUCAACGACGGACAAUGGCACAAGAUGCAUCUCACGUUCAACCCUUCGCUUAUUGAGCUGACAGUGGACAAUAUCGCUAUGAGCACGCGAAUCGAGAGUGGCGGCACGAGGUAUCUGGAUCUAUCUGACUCUUUCUUCCUCGGCGGGAUAGAGAGUGAGAAGAGACAGCGGGCCUUCGCUAAGGGGAUCAAGGCCGCCGAUUCUAGUAUUAUGGGCUGCAUAAAGCCUAUAGAAGUGGACGACAAGUUGUUGGGCCUGCCAAACGCGGUGGUGACGUAUGGGGUCAGUCCUAAAUGUGUGUGGUGGUAUCCGUGUCACGCGAACCCCGCCAAUUCGCCGUGCGUGCCACGGGCCACGUGCGAACAGCACGGCGUCGAUCAUUUCACGUGCAAGUGUGACACGGAUCUGUGCAUCAACCCAGAUUACGCUGAGAAGUAUAAGGUGUACUCCAAAUCAAGCAGUGAGUUAGAACUGGUCGCUCUCUACCCCCUAACGGUCCAAGAGGGGGGUGUGGCCGUCAUAACCACCCAGAACAUAGACGUGGUCCUCGACCACCACAAAUAUGGCGUGAGGCCCUCCGGAGUCCUGCUCCACGUGGCCACAUCUCCUCAACACGGACGGAUUGCCGUGGAUCUGUCGCUGCAGAGAAAUUUGCCCCAGUAUACUAAUUAUAUUGAAGCCGAUGGCAAGAUGAAGCAGUUCUUCACGCUGAUGGAUCUUUCUAGAGACAAGGUUCGUUAUGUCCACGACGGCUCAGAAAACCACCAAGACGCCAUUGUCCUCGACAUGGAGCUCAUCCCUGAGACGAAGUUCACCCUCCCCAGUUACUUGCAGGGCAGGAACACGUUUGUGCUACACGUGAACAUAACUCCGGUCAAUGACCCCCCUGUGUUGAACCUAUUGCCUGGGAAGGUGUUGAGGCUUACUCAGGGCACAAGAAAAGUGAUCACGUCGGACAUACUGAAGGCUGAAGAUCCAGACACACCGCCAGAAGAUUUGCUGUACACUGUACUGCAUGGGAAGAAUGAAGUUGGCAGUGGGCACAUAGAAAUGUCCGGACAGCCGGUGGACUCGUUCACACAACAAGACGUCAACGCAGGCGUCAUCUCGUACGUGCACGGCACCAACACUGACAAACAGCUCAACAAAACUUCUCUCAGGCUCACCUUGCAGGUGUCAGACGGCAUAGAAACGAGUGGGCCAGGUAUCCUGCGUGUGUCCAUAGUGCCGCUGCAGGUGCGCCUCGUCAACAACACUGGUCUGCAACUGGUCCACAACUCUUAUGCGAUUGUUUCCGCCGAUAACCUCACAUUCACGACUAAUGCCGACGAGAAUAAUGUUCAAGUCAAAUACGACAUAGUAAAACCGCCACAGUUCGGCGUGGUGGAACGACUGCGUGUGCUAGACGGCACUUGGCAGACUGUGGAUUCGUUCACCAGUGAAAUGGUUAACUUCGGCCGCGUGCGCUACAUGCAUCUGCUCGGCAACCCCAGCCACGACGAGUUCAAGUUCAAAGCGUCCGUGGGCUCAAUACGAACGAACACGCUCUACGACUUUCGACUUACAUUCAUAAAACUCGAACUAUACCAGUCGAUCAACGAAGAAUUAGUGCUGAACAACACUCGAGAAGCCUUCAUAUCCUCCCAACAUCUGCGGUUCAAAACCAAACCGUUGUCUCUAUCCAACGAUCGCAUUCAAUACACCAUACUACGGGCCCCUAAAUACGGAAUCCUACACCUCUCUUUAGGAAAACAUCAUCUCCAAACGCAUAGCACGUUCACCCAACAGCACAUUGACACAGAUCAACUAUGGUACAGAUUACAUAGAAGGGCCUAUUCUCAUAUACAAGACGAAUUCUCAUUCGUUGUCGGAGCGACAGAAUGCGAAAAUAUUACUGGAGUGAUGACAAUAAAACAUACACCUGCAUCAAAUUCAGCUGAACACCCUCAAGGUCGUAUGCGAAUGACUUUGGAACGAUUACAAGUGACUGAAGGAUCAAGAAUGGUCAUUCCCGCAACGCAUCUGAACUUCCGAACGGAAACUGUCACCAAUCUAGUGUUCAACAUCACCCGGUUGCCGAAACACGGCAAAAUCGAAGUGAUCAAUGAAAGCUUGAAGAUCGUUAGGGAUAAUACGACCUAUUUUACUUUGCAAGAGUUGAAUUCAGAUAGAGUGUAUUACUCUCACGAUGACUCAGAAAGUAAGCACGAUUCGUUUCAUUUCAUGGCCCUGAGUCCCGAGCCAGAGGAUUUCCAAUAUGUUGGAGUGUUUCAUAUUGAUAUUAUACUCAAGAAUGACAAUAGUCCAGUGCGUGCAAACAACAAUGUGUUCCAUAUCGUACACGGCGGUGCUAGGUUGAUAACUUCGAGGGAUUUGAGUUAUUCUGACGCGGAUUUGGACACGAAGCCUUCGGACAUAAUAUAUACAGUACAAAGAAAUACGAAUGACCCUCCUAACGGUGGGAUAUUCCGGGCUGAUAACCCCUCAGAGCAGAUAGCGACGUUCUCCCAGGACGAUAUAAAUAAGAACUUAGUAUUGUUCAAACAUCAGGGUAAGGAGUAUGGGAAGAUGGCGUUUUGGAUUUCCGACGGAUUGUUCGAUGUGAAUGGCAACCUGGAGAUCCAGGCGUCCCCUCCGUUCAUAAGGAUGUAUCCCACUAACGGAUCUAUUGUGGAAAAUGGGAAGGCGGUGGUUAUUACUUCUAGAGAUUUGCAGGUGGACACCAACAUGAACUGUUUAGACGAGGACAUCCACUACGAAAUCACACUGGAACCAAAACACGGCAGCAUAGAAGUGGGGGCGGGAGCGGAGGCCUACGCCUUCACACAGCUAGACGCCGCUGUCGGCAGAGUGGCAUACAGACAUCGACAGCCGGACACAGCCACUGACCAAUUCACAUUCAAAGUGAUGUGCCUGGACACCUGGGGCGAAGGCACCUACCCCAUAAAGAUAUUCCCGUCGAGCUACUGGGAGCCACUCAGGGUUGCCACCAACAAAGCAUUGGUGGUCGAGGAGUCCACCAGCGUCAAUAUCACCAAAGACGUCCUUGAGGUGAUGCACCCACAAAUCGAACCAUCGAAUAUCGUAUACAAAGUCGCCGAAGGCCCCUACUACGGGUGGCUCGAAAUCACGUCCACACCGCUUUCAUUCGAACUCGAGAACUACGAGGAGCCCGUACACACCCGAGUGUUCGAUCAAUCGAUAAUAAACGUCAAUCGAUUGAUGUACGUGCAAUCUGGCGUGAAUCGAACUAGAGAUCGAAUCAAAAUGGACGUGACUAACGGGAUAGUUUGGUUGAGAGAUGUAGAAUUGUCUAUAAUAAUAAUCCCUGAGCACUUUUACGUGGUAGCGACAAAUUUGACGGUCGUCGAAGGAGAGGUUGUGAGCGUGAAGCCAGAUUUGUUCAGGACAGUCACGGAUUACUAUCGUGGGAAAGUCGUGUCGUAUAAAGUGAUGGAGAAACCGAUGUACGGGAAGAUCGUGAUGAUGGACCAGGAGCUAGCGUUGUUGCCCGUUUUGAAGCUCAAUUCUGGGAAUAUACAGUACGUCAACGAUGGCUCGGAAGAAUCACUGGACACAUUCAAGUUGGUGGCCGUGACGGAGACGGGGAAGGAGUCUGAACCGUUUCCAGUUUAUGUCAACAUCGUGCCAGUGAAUGACGAGACGCCUAUAGUCGCCGCUAACACAGGGCUGUGUGUGUGGGAAGGGGGCACGUUCACUUUUACCAGGAAUGAGCUGUAUGUAAACGACAUAGACACGCCAUUAGAUAACGUGACGAUCCGCGUGGUGGACAUAGUGUCCGGCUACAUUGCAAUGAGCAACGCCCCAGAUUCUAGCGUUGACCAUUUCACGCAGGCCGACAUCGAUAGUGGUCGAGUUCUGUUCGUGCACACAGAGGGCUCCAAAGGCAAGAUGAUAUUCAAUGUCACCGACGGCCUUCACGAACUGUCCAAAAUAACCUUUCUAAUCACAACCAAAUCCGUGUCCUUGAAACUUGUCAGAAAAAACAAUUUACGCGUAUUCCCACUUAUGAGGGAACCUCUGAACAACUACUUAUUGAUGUCCAAAUGUUCGGAUUUGACCAGAACAAUUAUAUAUAAAGUUGAUCGCGCGCCAACUUUGGGACGCCUCGUCAUGUUGAACGGGGAAAACCACCACAGAUCCAUAAAACAGUUCACCCAACAAGACGUCAAUAACUCCAUAGUAUAUUACGAGCAUACGCACCCGUUUUCAGACCUGUACACAAACGAUUCUUUCAUAUUCACCGUUGAAGCGCCUUUGGCAAAACCGAUAGCCGACCAAGUUUUCAACAUCGAUAUAUCUGUUUCCACUGGAGGCCUAGCGAAAUACGUUUACGUUCCUCAAAUAAAAGUCCAAGAAGGCCAUAAAGUGCCAAUUAUAGUUAACGUUACUAAUGUAAUAGCCUAUUUGGAGACGCAGGCCGGCUUGAGACAGCCUCAAGUGGAAGCCCAAUGGUCUCAACCGGCAUACGGAGACUUGCAGCCACCGAUAUCGUCCCUAACCCAGUCUCAACUCGAAGGGGGCGUGGUCAACUACGAACACGACGACUCAGACACUCUACAUGACAAAAUAGACAUGGCUUUAUUCCUACUACCCGAUUACGUACUCCUUUGUAAUAUAACUAUACCAAUUAACAUUAUACCAGUGAACGACCAGCCUUUUAGAUUGCUGACCGACACCCCUCAAAUACAAGUGGUGCAAGGAGAGAAUUACACGUUAACAAGAAAAGAUUUGUUGACGGAAGAUGCCGAUACGGGACCCGCUGGCAUUUUAUAUGAUAUCAUCAGCGGCCCAACGCAAGGACGCAUAGUCAUGUUGGAUAAAAAUCAAACUAUAGACGAAGCGCAAAGCAUAAAUAAAUUCACCCAAGAGGACGUUAACAACGGCAGAGUUAUAUACGAACAUUCAGGAAUUUUGCAGACUGCUACAUUCUAUUUUAGAGUGUGGGAUGGCCAAUUCAAACCUACGUACACAGUUUUCACGAUAGAUGUCGUGCCGGUGAUACUAAAUGCCACUUCCAUGCGACCUAUAAGUUUGCAGCAAGGAUCGAACGUCGCGUCAAUAUCUCCUGACCAAAUUUACAUAGAAACUAACGCAGCCGUGGCCAAAGUUUGGUACAAUAUAACUCGAGAACCGUUACACGGAAUGAUAUACGUUGGACGUAAUCCAGUUAACUAUUUUUCUCACAAAGAUUUAGUCGAUAGAGUAGUCAUAUACAUGCAGAACGAUAUGACAACAGCAAACGAUAGUUUUGACUUGAUCGCGUACGUCCACAAUAGUAAUUCCACCCCGCCUUUCACUAUAACCGUCACUGUACAACCUUUGAUGAAAUUGGGUGAAUUGAGGGUAGAAGGAGACAAAGCGAAGAUAACUUUAAACAUAAUGGAUGCGACAGGCUUAGCGAAACUGACUGCAAGCGAUCCUGUGUAUACAAUAUUGCGGAAACCUAGAUAUGGGACUAUAAAGAAGAUUAUAAGAAGUUCCGGGGAAAAAACAAGUGCGAGGGAGAGAGAAGUGAGCUAUUUCACUCACGAGGACAUCAAGGCGGGAGUGAUAUACUUCGUUAGCAAAAGGAAGUCUGUUUUGAACGGCGUUGAGGAUACGUUUAGGUUUUUGUUGGCGGCAACCAUUUUUCAGCCGGCGGCCGGAGAUGUGAGGAUUCUUAUAGGGAAUAGGCCGAAGAAGAAUCUCCCUGGACCCAAUGAUCCAGAAAGUCAUGAAGGCGUGCCGGUUGCUAACGGCGAAACUGCGUCAUAUUACAUGAUGAUCCUAAUGGCGCUGUCAGGCACUGUGCUAGCCAUACUUGUCAUAUUUGGACUGCUCAAAUGUAGGAGGUACCUUCUACGAGAUCAAAACGCCCUAGUCAAGAUACACGGACAAAGCCAAGGGGUUGUGGCGCCUAUUCCGCUUCCAAGACCGCCGGAUCAUUUGAUGCCGUCGCCUGCGCAAGGCACGCCGCCUAUCAAACGAUACGUGUCAUCAGAACAAUCAGUGCACACUGCGGCGUCUACCCCAUUGCCAUCAGGCGGUAGUGUCGCAUGUAAAGUGACGCCAUUGGCUGAUCCGAUGUUGCCCGAUGUCAACGCCCGCUAUCCCUACGGCGCUGACGACCAUACUGACGCGGAAGAUUGGAGUAGCUAUGAGGCGAGCGAGUCAGCUUUCCCCGUGAGGGCCCCGGGCGCCGCACCCGCCAACCCAAUGCUGCGACGCAACCAAUAUUGGGUCUGACCCAUACACACUGCCACACUACCCACGCCCCGCAGACAAGUGACCCUAACUGAACACUCAGGAUGCGUAACCCUGACCCGUCGUCUGCAAGAACGAAAGGUCGAAAUGGUGCCAACGCCAUUCUUACUCAGCAAUUACAAGGUCAAACAUGCCAGUCGAGAAAUCACUCUGUAAGCCCUACUUCUUUUAUAUUAAAAAAAUAUUAUACCGUCGUGUCUGAUUGGUAUUGAAUUUUAUCCUUUGUUUUUUUACACCAAUCAAAAAUGGAAUGUUCACUUUUUGUUACUCGCGUUGUUUUUAAAUUAAACCAGAAUAAAUUUUGUAUUGGAAUUAAAAUUGAAUUAAAUUUUCUGCUAGAACCCGGCUCCAUUGCUCUGUUGCGUCAACGCAGCGCGUUGCCGAUCCGCUGUCCUCCGUUGGUUUUGAAAUUGACGUACGAAUCUCCAAUACAAUUUUGUGUUGUACGUUGACGGACGUCGGAGCAUUGGGACCGGGCCUACACGUAAUAGGGUAGUUGUCAAAUGUGUCAAAAACAAAAAUGUAUUGGGCUUGUAUGAUAGUGGCCACAAGUGACCUCACAAAUGUUGAAGGCAAAUACCGUUUUAAUUAUACUUUAAUAAGAAUAAGAUUAAUAAGAACAAAAAACAAGAACAACAAAAAACCGUUUUAAUAAGAACAAAGAAAUAAGAAAUAUUACUAAUUAAAUUGAUCAAUUAAAGUGACAUACAUUUUUAUUUAUACACAGGCAACUACCUUUUUGUUCUAUAUGAUCGUCCCAUUACCGUCUGAGUUAUCUAGAACAUUAGUUUACCUAACUGUUAUUACUGGCAUGGUGUAAAACGGUUGACCAAUGAAAUAAAAUAAAUUCAUCGCACAAAUUAUAUUAAGUAACACAUAUUGGAUGGGUUAUUACGAAUAGAAUUGUAACCAAGUGAAAGCUACUUCAAUUUCUUAAUCAGGUACCUAUAAAAGGUUAUAAUACCUUUUUUUUUUUUUACUAAUAAUUAUGUGUUAAGUAACAGAAAAAUAAAAAGUAAUGAGGCCCAAGUUAUUGAGUUAUGAUAAUUUUAAGUAUAAUAUAUUGACAAUUGAAGUUUUUGUCCACAUUUAUAAUACGUUGAAAAUAUAUAUGUUCAACCGAAUUGGACAAUGAUUAUGAAGGUGCGUUUAGUUAUAGAUUAGAUAUAGUUUUAGUGUUACCAUUACACCAAUAAAAACAGAAAUAAGCAUUUAUAGAUCAUUUUCAUAACAGAGUUUUGCAGCUGUAAAUUUGCGUUCAUUGAAAAUUGUGCUUUAAGGAGUCAUCGGUAAACAUAUUUUACAUUGACAAUAAGAGACGCUGUAAGCGAGAUUAUGGCAAAUUUGUUGACAAUGCAAAAUAUGUCUUCAGCGGAUGCUUUAAAGCUUACAUUUCAAUGAACGUAAUUAAAUAAGAUCUGCCACCAUUGUUAGCAAUUAACACACUCGAAAAGAAAAAAAGAAUGAACAUAAUUUUCAAAUAGAACCAUAGACUUUUAGUACAUCUUGAAUGCGUGAAAAAAGGGUGCAUACGCGUUUCAUUCUUCAAAAUAUGUAAUCGAUGAUUCGAUCGAUUUAGUUUAUGUUAUUAACGCCUUAAUCGAUAUAUUGAAUAAUUGAUACAGUAACAUAACCUCGAUAAUAGAAUAGAUUUUAGUAUGACUUAAUUAAAACAUCACAGUACCAUUAUACAUAUAGUAAAAGAUAUAUUUUUAAAGUUAUACAACGCAUAGUAGAGUAUGUAAGUAUACACAAGUGACUGUAUUAAAUCUCGCUUUAUUUCUUAAUAUGUAUUCUUUUGGUCUUAAACUAAUUUUAGAAGUAUUAAUAUUAGUGGCUAUAAUAUAUUUUUGUUUUUAUUUAUGUCAUUGCAUUUAUGUGUGUCAAACCAAACUGAGGGUCUUUGUCCUCCUCUUAUGAUUGUGUGCAUAGUUUUUAACCCCUUAGAAUUUGGCGACUAAAGCCUUUUCUGUGGCGACUUUUUCUGUAUUUUUCUGAAUAUAUUAAUUAUACGCAUAUUACCAAUAAUAAUAAUAAUAAUAACAACCUCUCUACACCCUUAGCCGCCCACGUCAAUGUUGCCCCUUUGUCGCCAAUCACGGCGACUGAUUUGAGGGGCCCAUCCAGUGAGCGGCGAGUCACCACCUGCCACUGAAUAGUCAGUUAUCAUGAUUAUGGCAGGUGACCGAACUCUUUGCAAUAGCCCAUUCUCAGUCCAUCCAAAUUUCAUUAUAUAAACCAGUAUUUCUUUCCAUUAUUCUGCAAUAGUUCACACUCCCGCCGAGACCUGCUCAUGGGCAUAUCAUUUCAUUGGUAUAUCCGGGAGCGGGUUUUGGCGGGAGACCUACACAACAUCAACAUUCUCCAAAGGGCCUCUACGUGUUGGAUCCAUAUCCCCACGCAAGCCUCUCAAAGGACCGGACUUAGUGCCGUGAAUCCCAAAAGGAGAUACAAAUAAUAAUAAAAAAUGGAACAGAAUGUGCAUUUGCUGCAAAAAGAAUAAUGCUAAGAAAAAAGGUAAACUAGCGGUCGUUGUGUAGUAAUAUUGUCGAUGCAAAACGCUUUAGUCGCCCCGGAAAACUAUUGUUAGAGAUUGUGAUUGACUUUUUUGAUAGAAAUUUGUGCUCGCGGCCUCUCCGGUUGGUUUAAUACUCCAAGCAGCAUUUGAUUUGGCUUUAUUGUAGCAUUUAAAUAUAUAUUUAUUGGUUAUAGAUGAAUAUUCUAAACGAACGAUCCUAUCGAAUAUUACCUCAUACCGUUGAACUGACUGGAUUUAAAUAGUUUAAUGAAUAAUCUCAGCAAUAAACUAAAGAUAAUAUUACAAGAGCAAUGUAAAUAGCCAUGCAAGUUACAGGCCUUGGGCGUUGGGCCCGACUAAGUGACGUGACGUGGGACCUGGUAUUCUUAUACGCAACUUGUUAUUACCGUAACAAUAAGUAAGUUACACCAGUCAACUUUGACGGUGAAUUUGGCCGGCGCGCCGCUGACGUUUAGACAUAAUGGUUAACUUUGCGUUUUUCUGCACAGUGAAAAGUUGACUGGUGCAACCGACUCUAAAAGUAUAUGUGAGAAACCAAAAAUUCGUGUGACGUAACAUAACAUUACUUUGAAUAUAUAGACAAUAGUGGCAAGUUAUAUGCUUGGCGCGUCAUUUUUGAAACUGUGAUUCACUGACAACAUCGAUAUAAAUUCCGUAUUUUUGAAUGGUUAUAUGACGAAUGAUUUGAAACUAGUGUUAUAGAUUGACAGGUAAAAGCCUCCAAUGGUUUAAUUAAUGUGAAGUAGUUUGACAUUCGUUUCCUUCCAUGCGUCACAAAGUCAAAAUUAACGCUCGGAAAUUAAGAGGCACGGUAGUAAGUUAUGCGCGACGCUUCAAAAUUAAAUUGCCCAGAAGUUCUGUAUAUUACAUACAUAGGAUAAUACACCCAUAAAAUCCUAUCUAGGUCCUAUUAUAAUGACUUGUUCUCAUAGUUUGUUUGCUACUUUGAAAGCCAAAAGUCCACCGAGGACUUAGUUUAAUUUUGCUCGCGUUUCUUUAGACCAGUAUUUUUAUAUUUUGAGAAAUGUACUGCCAAUUAUGAAACUGACCUCAGCUAUGGAAGUUAAGUUACUUGAGGACGUUUCGUUUUACUAUAAUGAGUCGAGUUAGACCAAUUUGUUAUUCGAUAUGCCAAUAUAUAUUUUAAAUGCCUAGAACCAUAGACUGUAUAAAUAAAGUUAUAGAUUUAUAUACGCACUAUAUAGAAUAUUUUGUUUUGGGCCUUUGGGUUUCCGUGGCAUAAUUUUUAUAAGGCUAUAUUUAAGUUGUGUGUUGUGCAGAGAAAACCUCAUGUAGCCACAUGAGAUAGAACUAUUCUCUAACUUUUCUCUCGUGUAUUUCUAAUACGUUUUUCUCAUUCUUGUAUGAGCGAAAUGGAAGAUACGACGAUGUCUAAAGUUUUCUCUGUCUACGGUGUUAAAUUUAGUGUACAACCUGCCAAUCAAAACAGGUAGACGUAUGGAAGAGGAAAAUUAGUAUUUAAUCUAUAAAUAUAUAGAUGCCAAAAUAACUUUCUGUUAUAAUGUGCCGAUUUGAUGAAGUUUUUUAACUUAUAGUUUAGAUAUAAUGUCGGGGCACUAGUAUUAACCCAAAUAUACUAACAUAUGUUUGUUUAUUAGAUAUAGAGUAUCCGCUAAGUGCAAGAGCACGCGGCGUGUUCUACCCGUCUCUUUCAUAAGUGUAGCGCGUGACAGAAAUAUUUGACACGCGACGGAUCCGCGCCAUCUCUUUCGCACGUAAGAAUGUGACUGAGACGGGCACAGACCGCUGCGUGCUCAGCGCAACGGACACCUUAGACUCCAUUUGAAUGAGUCAUAACGCCAAUGCCAGUGCCAAAGUGACUCUUAUACAAUCGUUUAUUGUUUGUUAGGUAUUUCAUAUAAUUAACUAGACUAAUUUUAUUUAAAUUAAGUAAUUAAUUUAGCUUAAGGCUUCCUAAACCGAACUAAGUUGAGGUGUAACGAAUAAUUUCUAUUUUUUUAAGCUAGGCUGUUAGGAUAAGUGUGCCAUUGAUUACUUAUUUUGUACUUAAAAUAUUAUUGUUAGUCUAUCGUUUAACACAGUCAAAUCCACGGAUAAGUGAGAUUGAAUGGAAUUUUAAAUUGAUAUAUUUGGGCAUCGGGCAAGAAAGAGUUAGUGAAGCAUUUUAGUUUAUGAUGUUUAGAUAUGUGAAAUUGAGAAGGCAAUAGGAGAUCACUCCUGAAUAUAGCCUCCUCCAUACAGAAAUUGUAGUAUGUGUUUUAUUUUCCAUACUGACAACCAUGAGGAAUAUACAGGAGGAAAAGUUAAUUAAAUUAAUAAUUUGAUUAAUGUGGGUUAACAACGGAACCUUUUGGCCUUUAUUAAUAUAGCCAGAUUGCCAACAAACCAAUGUUAUAUUCCGAGCCGAUUUACGAUAUAGAAAAUUAUGAAUAUUAUUAACAACAAAAAUGCUAUAUGCAACCUACAUUCGACUGUGGCGUCUGCUGAUGAGUGACGAAAAUGAAAGUGACGACACGAUUUUUCAUUUAAUUUUUUAAAAACGUAACCUAACUAUCGUAUCUAACUUAACAGUACGAGUUGCAAACUGUGGCUCUUACACUAUCAUUUCGGUAAAGGUACUGCGUUAAACGUUAGAUAUGUUUAUUUAAAAAACUAUUUUUCAUUUGGAGUAUUCCGACUAUAUAUACUGAUGGUGGCUUAAUAUGAUGUACAUAAUUUGAUUUUAAGCUUUAAACGUUAAAGUUUAAAAUCGAUUGAGUCGGUUACAGGAAUUACCUUUUUUCCUCCGUAGUAAAUUCUAAUAGAAACAUUAAUCGCUCUGUAAAAAAAAGUGCCUAGUUUCAUAGUACGGUGAUAAGAUUUCGCGUUUCAUAGAAUUGUUUUAAGGUCAAGAGACUCAUAGCAUUUAUAGAUGUAACUGUAUGCAGAACAAUUACUAUACUAUUAAAGUUCAUUUAUAUAAUGUAACACACUCUAAAAAUAUAUACUACUAAUGUUUAUUUGCAAGGUUAUAUAGGUAUAUAAGUAGCAAGUAAUUUUGCAACAAUUUUGAUAUUUCAAAGAAAUCUAAUUUUAAACUUCCGCGCUGUAUUAUUAAAUAUAAACAAACAAGUGUAUAGGGUAAAUGGGUGUUUCUCAGAGCGUUUCGACUAAUGCGGCCGCGCUGUCAUUACACAUUUUCAAGUUAAAAGAAAUACAAGAAUUAGUUUUACUAUCAGAUUUUAAAGUAAUUAAUUUUAUGAAUGAUUGAUUUUGGAAAUGAUUAAUUUCUCCAGAAAAUUCACGGAUCGUAAUGACAGCCCAGUCGCAGUGGUCGAAACGCUCUGAGAACCACUGUACUUUUUUGUAUCGAGUAAAAAAUGUAGAUGCGCGAUUCACUAAUUAUUUGUUUUUCUUUGAUAAUUAUUACUACUUUUUUAAAAUAAGAACUGUCUCCUUUACUUCCUCAAAGUUUCAAAAUAUGUUUUUUUAUAGUUCUCCUCAGGUGUUUCAAGUGAACUUUACCUCAGAUUUUCGACGAAUAAUAUUUUAGUUUGUAAUCAAAGAAUUUAUUUUGGAAAGCCAAAGUUUAACUUUAAUCAUUUAUUACUAACAUAUUUUCCAGAAUUAUAACGCACGUAUUCUUCUUGAAUUCUUAUACUAUGUCUAGCACAAUGUCUUAGUUGUAAGAUUAAUUAAUAAUAAUCGUCUUCAUUUAAAAAUAACACGAAAAAUAUUAAAUAAACCGAGACGGGUGGAAAAAUGAGGGGGGGGAGACUUUUGCCCAGCUGUGGGACACAUCACACAGGUUUGCUAAGGAGAUAAUCAUAUGGUUAGGUUACAGCAUCAUAUUUUAGUUGGCAAUUUAAUUAAUAUUUUUGUCAAUUUACUUAAACUUAAAUUACUUGAAUUGCGCAGUGGUUAAGGGAAUACAUUUUUAUUAUUGGUUGCUAUGGUUUUUGUGGUUGGUUUUUAAUUUUUUUUUAAUACUUAAUACUCCCACUCAAAUUAAAAAAAUACACUACAUUGACAUAUAUAGCGCCUGGAUUAUUUACUCACAAAAUAACGGCGUAAGUAAUAUCAGGUAUACUUAGCAGUUUCGCAGUUUUCUAUCAGAGAUAUCUGAUUCAGAUCCAUUGAUGAGGUCAAUAAAGCUCAAUAAACAUUGCCGUACCGUCAUCUUUGUUCCAUUGCGCUUGCGCUGCAGUUUCAGUUGGUUUUGGAGUUUCAAUGUCGAAGCCUUUUGCUCUCGAGGCGCACUUGACCUGGAACUUCCAUUGUUUGAAAUUUCUACCAUCAAACUUCUCAAUUUUCAUUGAAUUUAAAUUUUCCAUUUUGAAUUGCGAUCUUCACUUUCUUUGGAAAAAAAUUCCCGGGAAAUAUUUCCUUUCUUCUCCUCUUUACUCAAUAUCUAUUACCUUGAUCGGCUUUUCUGGGCCCGUAACCACUUAAAUUACUUAAAUUGGGCAGUGGUUAAGGGAAUAAAAUUAAAGAUAUAUUGUAAGAAUUGUCAAAAGUACGUUUUUAUUAUUGGUUGCUAAGCACCGAUGCCAUAGUCUUUUUAAUUUAGUUUUUUAAUACUUAAUAAUUAUUUUUGUUUAUUCUGUAUUUAUUGGAUGAGACACUUUGCCUAGAAGCUUAUGUAUUUACAUAGUAAUAUUUGUGAGAUUUUUCUUUAUUAUCCAUAUUAUACGUUGUCGUUUCGUUUUGAUACUAGUCGGUAGAUCUGCUUUUUGGGUCGACAAACAAAGUAUUUUGUAUGUGCGGCACAUUCAUCAAUAUUGCUAUGUUGUGUGGUAAUCUCAAAUGCAAAACGCCCCUUUUGUUCUAAGGAAUACGACGUUUCCCUACGUACUAUAGAAGUAAAAAUCUAAUCGUAUAAACUAUUACUACAAAAAGGGAAAUAAUUUUGUCAGUUCGACCUAUUAUAUCCUAUACAAAUGGGACUCAUCGGUUAUAAAAUGUAUUUGUUGACUUUAGUUGUGAUAUUUAUCCUAUUAUUUUUUUCACUAUUGAACCUAGCUGAUUAUCUCCUUGCCACAUCAGAUAUUUAUCGCCUGUAUCUGUGGUAACAAAUAUACUUCAAAUGUACUAUAUUGACAUAAUCUCCUGAGGGUAUUAAAUCAACUAAUUUAAAUCGUACACAUAUAUUUUUUAUAAGCAAGUAUGUGUUGAUUUUUUCUAAUUCUACGCACUAUUCAAUAUUUUGAUAUUUCGAAAAAGUUCCUAAAAUUUCCUUUUAAUAUGUAAACAACCAUUGAAGUCCAAAUAUCGCCCAUACAAUUACAAAGGAAAUAAAGAUAAUCAAAUCAAAAACUUCGAAUAAUAAUAUCCUUGCUAGAAAGUGACGGCGACAUAAUAUAUUUAUAUAUUCAAGGUUGUCCGUUUUUAGUAUUGUUUAGAAAUGGACUAUAAUAUAAAUUGUCUAUGCUUUGUGUAUUCGUGUAAUAAUGGAGAAUUACUGUUUUAGUAGAUAAUCUGCCAAUAUGUCUAGUAAUGUAUUCGUUGUUUUAGUAUACUAGCGUUGCACUGGUUUGUCUGCCCACUGCGCAAAAUUCCUAUACGUGCCAUAAAAAUAUUUUAACACUUUGUAAGGUUGAGAGAGGCAAGGGCCGAACUCUGGUCUACGGAUUGCGUAUUUUACUUAAAAGUUACAAAUUAUAUUUCUUUUUAUUCAAUAUUUAGAUAUAACUUUUUUGAAUUGUGAUAUCUGUAACCUGAGUUUAGACAUAUAGUCCACCAAGAAUAAUACUGAUUGUCAAUUUUGAGUUCUAUUUGUUUAGGCAUAAGGGUGAUUUCUUGUUGGACUAGGCCCCGUUUGUUGCAUUUUGUAUGACCGUUUAUUUAAUAAGAUGAUGUGAAUAAGCAUUAAUUUCUACCAUUUAGGUAGUAAAUGGAUUUUUUAAUAAAUAACAAAAACUACAA